AUGAAAUACCAGUCAUUUAUUGCCCUUAUUGUUUUGUUGAAUGUUUGCUUUAGCUACCUUAUAAAGAAGAACAAUGUUAUUAUAAAUAAUAAUGAUAAUUUUUAUAUUUACAAUUUUUUAAAAGAUAAAAAAGGAAGAAGAAAAUAUAAUAAUAAUAACUAUAAUAAGAAAACUAUCAAUGAAAUAAAGAGUACCAUUAACUCAGAAUGUGUAAAUCAAGAUGUUAUGAAAAAUGUUGAUGAAACUUAUGAGGGAAACAGAAAUUUAAUAGAAGAAGGGAAUGAUAAUAUAAUACAAAAAAAAUUUUUACAAGCAUCAAAAGAAGAUGAUUAUAAUUAUUUAUAUUUUUAUCAUAUAUAUAAAAAAAUGAAAUUAAUAAAAAGAGAAAAAUAUAUAUAUAACCCAACAAAAUAUGAAUCCGUACGGUCAUAUAUAAAAAGAGAAUUAAAAGAUUGUUUAGAUAUUAAUACAUCAGCUUAUAUUUUUAAACUUUCUGAAUUUUAUUCAAAAAAUGUAUUAGAAGUAUCAGUUUAUGUUAAUGAAAUAAUAAAUAUUCUUAGUUUUUUUACUUUUAAUAGUGAACAUAAUUUGAAAUAUAAUGAAAACGAGGAAAAUAAAAACACAACAAAUGACAUGUUACAAUAUAAUAAGAAAUAUGCUAGUGAUGACAUGGAUGAUGACGCUACUCAUAGUACUGAUAAUAAUUCUUUGAAUCAUCAAAAUAAAGGAGACACAUCAGUAUAUGAUACUAUCACAAAUAAAGAUGAUAAUAAUAAUGAAGAUGAUUAUGAUGAUGAUGAUGAUGAAAACUAUAAUUCUUAUGUGAGUGAUAAUAUAGAAGACGAUCAUAUACAUACACACGACAAUAAAGAUCAUUCAAAUAUUUACCCAGAUAAUAAAAUAUUGUUACAAGACGAUAAGAAAGAUUGUUCAAAUGCAAACGAUAUUUAUGAUCAGAAAAAAAUAAAUAGUAUAAUUGAAAAGACAAAAGAACAAUAUAAUUCCAAUGAACACAAUUUAAAUGAUGAUGAUGAUAAUAUUUUUAAAAAAUAUAAUGAAAAUCAAUCGAAAAUGAAAUUUAGUAAAUUAAUUAAUAAAGAUGAAAAAUAUAAAUCAUUCUGCUUUUAUUUUAUUCGACUCGUUGAUUCAAUAAGUGGACUUUUUUGUACUAUUGCAAAAAGAAAGAAACGUGAAGAAAUUUUGAACUAUUUAAAAAAUUUAAAAAUUAUGCAAAAUAUUAAAAAUUAUAAUAUUAAUAAUUUACAUUUUGAUACUGAUUUUAUGAUUUAUAUUAUCAGAUUAACAAAAUAUAAAGAUAUGAAUUUUCUUUGCUCCUUAAAAAAAUUAAAAGAAUAUACAACUGAAGAUAUUAAAAAAAUUUUCCUUAAUUGCUUAUAUGAUAAUUUACUAGAUCUAUCUUAUCUAAAAAAUCUACAAGACAAUUUUAUCAAAAGAGAAAAUGAAAAAAAAAAAAAAAAAAACGCCUUAACAAGUCAGGUAUUUUCCAGUUCUGUUCAUACCAUUAAUAAAGAUGGAACAGAUGAUAAUACACAUGUUACUGCAAAUAUUAAAUAUGAAAGUUUAAGAAAAAUAGAAGAACAAUAUAAUGAUUUAUUAAAACAGUAUUCCCAAGAAAAAAUUAUAAAAAGUAAUGAAAUCCAUUGUAAUGAAAAUGAUUUGAAAAAUAUUAUAAUACAAAUUUUAAAUAAAGAUGUUUUUAAAAAUAAGAAAAAAAUAAUAAAUAAUAUGAACAAUGGUACUAAUAAAAUGUUGGCUAGUCAAAGUGGGAAUAAUAAAAAAAAAAAAAAAAAAAUAGCUACAAAUACAAACAUGAAUAAUAUUUCUCUAAUUGAUAUAUUUGAAAUAACAGAGGAAAGAUUAUAUGACAUAUUGAAAAAUUAUCCACAUUUAGAAAUAAAUAACAAUAACAAUAAUAAUAAUAAUAAUAUGAUCAAUACGCUAAUAAAAAAAAUGAAUAAAUUACUUGAGUCAUACAAUAUUAAUAUAAAUAUUCAUUUGGUCAAAAAUGACAAAACGUGUGUGCAGGAACAUAGCACUGUUCCAUGUUCAAAUGAAAAUAAAAAAGACGAACAAAACCAAAUAAGUGAUGAAAAUAAAAUAAAUGAAAAAAACAAAAACAUUGAAAAGAAUGAAGAAUCUAAGAACACUUUACCUUGUAAUGUAAAGGAUGUAAAUUUUAGUAAUGUUUCCUUGUCAGAUAUUAAAAAAUAUAUAUCUUACAAAAGGAGUAUAGAAGAACAAUUUAGAGAUUAUCAAGUUGAUGAAUUAAAAUUAAAUGAAAUAAAAGAACAAGAACAAAAUGAAAAAUUGGAAAGUGAUACAAUUAAUGUAAAAUUAAAUAAAAUGAAUAACAACAAAUUUGAGAACAACGUGGAGUUCAAAAAUGAAAACAUAAAUACUCAAAGUGAAAAUUAUAAUAAGACUAAUGAAAAAGAUGAAGGAGAUGUAUUUAAAUAUUUUGAUAUUACAGAAAAACAAAAUUAUAUAACUUUUGAAUUUAAUAAUUAUAUAUUAGAAGACCAGGCAUCAUUAAAUGAAAAAUAUAAUCAGCAAUUAACAGAGGAUGGGAAUAAAAGUGACAUUCCCAGUUAUUGUUAUGAACAAAAUCAAAAAUUCACAGAUGAACAAAUGGAAGAAAUAUUGAAAAAAAAUUUUCCAGAAAAUAUUAAGGAUGUAGAAGAUAACAAUAUGGAAGUGCAAAAUGGUAUAUCUGGUGAUGAGAUGGAUGUAUUAGAUGAUGAGACGGAGGAAUUAAAUGAUGAGACGGAGGAAUUAAAUGAUGAGACGGAUGAAUUAAACGAUGAGACGGAGGAAUUAAAUGAUGAUACGGAUGAAUUAAACGAUGAGACAGAGGAAUUAAAUGAUGAGACGGAUGUAUUAAAUGAUGAGACUGAGGAAUUAAAUGAUGAUACGGAUGAAUUAAACGAUGAGACGGAUGAAUUAAAUGAUGAUACGUAUAUAUUACAUGAUAAAAAUUAUAUGUUAGAUGACACAAAUGAUGACAUUAAUUUAGAAGACGACCUUAUAGAUGAUGAUCUUUCAAGUGAUAACAUUUCAGAAGACGACGCUCGUAGAAGAAAAAAAGAAAAACGAAAAGAAAAAAUUAAAGAAAACAAGGAAAUAGAAAAAUUAAAAUUGUGGUUCAAUAAUAUAGAUAAUAAAAAGUAUAAAUACAAUUUCGAAAAUCUUUAUUAUAAGACAUUAGAGGAAAAAAUGGAAAUAUUAUUAUAUAUUUUAAAAAAUGAAAAGACAAAAAAAAAAGUAAUUGUAUGCUCUGAUGAAGAAGAAAAGAAAUUAAUAAAAAUGAAAUGUCAAAUUGAAAAUGUGGAAUAUGAUAAUAUGUUAAAUACUUUAAAGAAUAUUAAACAUUUUAUAAACAAAGAAAAUAAUUAUCAUAAAGCAUGUUUUAUUUUUAUGAAAGAAAUUGAAAAUACUUUAGAGUUAAGAAAAAUAUGUACAAAUUUGUCAGAACAAGAUGAUAUGAAUGAUAAAAAUGAUAAGAAUGAUAAAAAUGAUAAGAAUGAUAAAAAUGAUAAGGAUCAUAAGAAUGACAAAAAUAUUAUGAAUCGUGAUGAUAUGACCUUUUAUCAUUUUGCUGGAAAUAUACCUAAGUCUAUUGUAUACAAAAAGCUUUUUUAUUCGAUUACAAAUAAUGAAGACAGUUAUUUAUUUUAUUUAAAGUCUAAAAAUAAAAAUGAUAAAAAGGAAGAUGAUAGAAGAAAAGAAGUAAAAGGUAAUACAAAAUAUGGUAAAUCCAAUGGUAGCAAUAAUAAUAUAUUUGUACCUUAUCAUAAAAGAAUAAAGAAAAGAAAAUUAUCAAAAAAUGAAGAGAAAUGGUUAGAUUUUAGAAGAAGGACAUUAAAAAAAAUUGAAGAAAUGAAAAAAAAAGCUGAAUUAUUGAAAAAGAAAAAAGCACAAAAAAGGGAUAACAAAAUAAAAAAAAUUGUUGCAAAGUUGAAAGCCAAAAACAAAAAAAUAAAAAAAUAA